AUGCCCACAAUUAAAUCAACACCACAACUUGUAGCCUUGGCUGCUCUUAUCGGCAUCUUGUAUGGCUUCGAACAGCAAACCCUUUUGGCAUCUUGUCAUUUCUUCGAUGAUGCUCUUCCCUGGCAACAGGCUCUUGUCUAUUGCGGCGUCCCUGUUGGUUCCAUCGUGGGUUGCAUUUUGGCGGCGAAGGUCGCUGAAUGCUUGGCAGUGGCGACGAUGCCGUUGUUCUUGUUGUUUUGGAUAGCAGGAGCGUUGAUGUCCCUCAAAUUCGGCAAUAUCUAUUUACUUAUGGUGGCAAGGUUGCUCAUUGGGCUCAGUACGGGGCCUGUGGCGGCCUUCUGCUUGCUAUACGUGUCCCAGAUUGCCAAACAUAAAGGUUUCGUGUUGCAGGCUGCUUACGCUCUGAGUCUCUUAGGAAACCUACUCGUCCUUGAGAUCAGCCGCUUCUUAUCUAGUCAGUACUCUUCAGGAACCAUUGCAGACAUCUUUUAUGUGGUACAAGUGGGGUGCUGCGCGGUGGUGGCUCUCGUGGUGAUAUUCGUUCCUAACUACCUCCGUGGCUCCAGUGGAGAGGACGGCUUGAGGAAGCAAACGAAAAUCGACACCAGCUAG